AACAUGGUGGCGCUCAGGAUGCAGUUUAUGUUUGGCACAUUUUUAUUAUUAAAUUUAUGUUACAGUCUCGUCUCUGCACUGUAUUUUCACCUUGGCGAGACCGAGAAGAAAUGCUUUAUAGAAGAAAUCCCGGAUGAAACCAUGAUAAUUGGUAACUACAGAACACAGCUCUAUGACAAACAGUCAGAACAGUAUUUGCCUGCCACACCAGGACUGGGAAUGUUUGUGGAAGUUAAAGAUCCUGAUGAGAAGGUGAUCCUGUCCCGUCAGUAUGGGUCAGAAGGCCGAUUCACCUUCACCUCCCACACACCUGGAGAACAUCAGAUCUGUUUGCACUCCAACUCGUCCAAAUUUGCUCUCUUUGCUGGUGGCAUGCUUCGAGUUCAUCUAGACAUCCAAGUGGGUGAGCAUGCCAAUAACUACGCAGAGAUUGCUGCUAAAGACAAGCUGACUGAGCUGCAGUUAAGAGUACGCCAACUUGUGGAGCAGGUUGAUCAGGUCCAGAAGGAGCAAAACUAUCAGAGAUAUCGUGAGGAGCGCUUUAGACAGACGAGUGAAAGCACCAACCAAAGAGUCCUGUGGUGGUCAAUCGUCCAAACGCUGAUCCUGGUGGCUAUUGGCUUCUGGCAAAUGAGACAUCUUAAGAGCUUCUUCGAGGCCAAGAAAUUAGUGUAAAGGGUUUCUUGUUUGUUUUUAGUUUAUGCAGUACACAGACAUGCCCAGACGAGUCUUGCAGAGCCAGCCAUGAUCUCUAAUGGUGUGAAGAAAGAAAUAACGGUGUGAAGAAAGUCUUUUUUUUUUUAAUUGUGAAUUGUGCUAAAAAAAGAGAGCAAGCUAUGUCAGUUCGGUGUGCGUUUAACACACAUUGUGGCUGUAAUGCAAGCACAUGUACUUUGACACAGCACCAUUACUCACAUUUACCUCUUCUACAGGAUGCUACAGCAACUGGUUUAAUGCUUUAAACUGACAUUGUUCCUUCAGUAAGACUUUAUUUCCAUCCAUCAUUAAGUCAAAAGCCCUCACAAGUUUCUCCAGAUCUAUCUUUAGAGAUAAAGUCUGGCUCCGCAAGACUUGAGUUCAGUUUGCUGAAAUCUUCUCCCAGAUUUCCUUUGAGACUUUGUUCACAAUUUGUUCCUGUGCAACAUGCCAGCGAGAGUGUAUUACAACCACUUAUUUCAGUACAAUCCACAGCAAGUAAAAUGGAGAUUAUGAAGCUGUAGCCUUUUGAAUUUGAAUUUCUCGCUCCCCUUUUUAUAUUUUAGGCUUUUUGUACGCAGAUUUUGUGUGAAGUCGUCCAACACUGUAGUCAUCCUAGACACAAAACAGCUUACGAUUCAUUUUAUGUGUACAGUGCUUCUUUUUUUAACAUUAGUGAUCUAUUUAAAGUUAAGGUUCUUCUGGGUGAAUGUGUGUCCAUUCUUUUAUUUAAUAUUCAUUUGUUCAAUUGGCAUACAACCUGUUCCAGCCUAACUGUCCAGCCAAAUGUGUUUUACAAGAUAGUUUACAGCUGUAGUAGUCUCAUCAUGCAGCAGUACAGAGAAUACAUUAGAAUUUCUUUUGGGGGGUGGGGGGGGUGUUUGAGGGGGUUUUUGAGUUUAAUAUUUAAUACUUUGGGGUUUUUUGUGUGUAUACAAACGUACACACACUUGUAAUAUAAUUGUGGUAUGUUCAACUGCAUGGACUAAUGUUUGGUUAAUGGUAGACAAUGGGUCACAUUUUAAACAGACCACACUUUAAUCCUUAAUAUCUAUUUUUGACUCUUCAAUAUUCCUUUCAGUUUUCCCUGUUCUAGGAUGCUCAGGUAUUUUUUGAUUACAUUCAUUUUCAAACACUUUUUUGGAUAAAAACCUACCAUUUAACAUUGAACAUAAAUGUUGUAAUUAAAGUUGAUUAUACAGGCUGGGGGUUUAAGCCUUUUAAAUGAGGAGGGAGGACACUGUUGUGAUGUUCAUGAUUGCACUCAAAUAAAUCUCUUGUCUCUCUCCAGUUGACCAGUAACAUAUUUUACAACAAUAUUAAAUACCAAUCUUUGCCAGCGACACAUUGUGAGACAUGGGAGUGAAAUCACAUUUUAUACUUUAGGUCUAUGACUGUACAUUGCUGCAUUUUUGUCCACUGUUGAGGCCACUAACCUAAAUAUAAUAAAUUGUACAUGGUUAUAAUUA